AUGGUUGCAUUCUUACAACCGUCUGAUCUUCAUCAUAUCGACUUAACUUCUGUCAAUAUUAUUGAAGUCGACACUCUCUAUGCUUUAAUUCAUAUAAAUCCAACACUUUGUUCUGUCAUCAUAUUCGUUCAUCUACGUGAGCCAGCCUCUCAACUGCUUCCUCCUCCGUCAGUGGCUUUUCUCUUUGUCAACAGUAAUGGUACAGUACAAGUUAGCAAAAUCACUACCAUUCGACAAUUGAGCCUCGAGUUAACCUCUGAUCUUGUUUCGCCACAAGCACUUUGUUCCUACAUACCUCUUGAUGAUGCUGUUACACUAGGCAGUUGA